AUGAACUGCCUCAAUGUGGCCUAAAUCAUGCCCAGCUCCCCCAGCAAGAUACAUGGUCAGAUCCAGGUGAUAUUUAGACCCAUGUUCUCAGGGAAGAGCUUGGAGCUGAUGCGUCGGUUUCAGAUCGUGCAGUACAAGUGCAUGGUGAUCAAAUACGCCAAAGACACGCGCUACAGCAAGGAGCAGCUGGCCACGCACGGACACACCAUGUCGGCGGUUUCGGUGUGUAACCUGGCUGACGUGUUGACGGAGGCGCUCAAAUACCCAGUGAUCGGGAUCGAUGAUGGUCAGUUUUUCCCGGAUGUCGUCGAGUUCGGUGAAGACAUGGCCAACAGGGGGAAGACCAUAAUAGUAGCUACGCUGGAUGGUACAUUCCAUAGGAAGGCUUUUGGUGAAAUCCUCAACUUGGUGCCCUUAGCGGAGAGUGUGGUGAAGCUGAACGCCCUGUGCUACCGGGAGGCAUCGUACACCAAACGGCUGGGGGCCAAAAAAGAGGUAGAGGUCAUUGGUGGAGCUGACAAAUACCACUCGGUGUGCCGGCUGUGCUACUUCUAUUGUGGGUAA